AUGGAAACCCAAGUAAGUCAGCUUUCACAACAGGUGUGUCGUUUAUCAACUCUUCAUGAUCAAGCGAAGGUUCAAAAGGAACAAUGUAAUGCCGUUUUCUUGAGAAGAGAUGAACCACCUCCGAGGCAAAUAGAUGAGAAGGUGUGCAGUGUGGAGUCUAGAGAAAAUAAAAGGGGCAAAGAUGUUCAAGGUCCCAAAUAUGUUGCUCCACCGGCUUAUGAGGAACCGAUGCCCUUCCCGCAAAGGUUGUCAAAAGCCGUACUCGAUAGACAUUUUGGGAAAUACUGCGAAGCUCUUAAGAAGGUACACGCCUCUACUCCCUUUUCUGAUCUUUUAAUUCAAAUGCCUCAAUUUGCAAAUUUUGUGAAGAAUAUUAAAGAUCAACAAAAGGAUAAGGAAGUAGUAAAUAAGAAGGGCCCUACUCUCUUAUAUGAUAAGCUACCACCUAAGCUGCAUGAUCCGGGUAGUUUCACUAUUCCCUGCACGGUAAACGAGAAAUUUUUCGAUAGGGUUUUGUGCGAUUUAGGUGCUAGUGUUAACUUAAUGCAUUAUUCAUUAUAUGAGAGUUUAGGCUUGCAAGGACUUAAACCUUCCCCUAUCUCUCUUCAAAUGGCUGAUAGGACCUCUAGACUCCCUAAGGGUGUGGUUGAAGAUGUAUUAGUUAAGGUUGGUGAACUUGUUUUUCCUGUUGAUUUUGUUGUUAUGGACAUGAAAGAAGACCAUAAGAUCCCGAUUAUAUUUGGUCGUCCAAUCCUUGCCACAAGUCAAGCUUUAAUAGAUGCUCCUAAAGGACAAGUGACCAUUAGGGCCCAGGAUAAACAAGUCAUGUUCAAGCUCUUUGAUGAACAUAAUUCUAUAUUUGACGGUGGUACUUGCUUAAGAAUCGAUGCUACUAACCCUUUGCUUGAUAAGUAUGUAUUUGAUAGAAAUUUCGUGAGAAGCAAGGACAAAAUUCCACCCGAUGAUGUUCUUGGCCACAUGAAGGUGAGUUCGGACAUAAGGUAG